GUGCUUGUGGGGGCAUCGCUGUUUCCGUGCAUUACAAGCCAUCCCUGAAUCACACAGUCCUUACCACUAAGGGGUUUAUUAUUUAAAUCAAACAGAUAAUAUAGAUCUAGCAUAUAAAUAUUAUACAGAAGUUGAUGAUAAAAAUGUCAGAUAAUGCAGGUUUCCCCUCUCCCCCAAUAGCUUAAUGGUGAAUGACUGUACAGGAUGAGUAUUGUGAGUAGGGAUUUGAAUUUAAAAAAAACAGGGGUGGGGGAAUCACUUAGGUAUCCACAAAGUUAUUUAGGUUCCUAACUUCCACUGCUAUUCUUCUGAGGAUGUGGCCCUCAGAGACCACUGAGCAAUUACAAUCUCCAGCUUCAAUGGGAGCUGCAGGUGCUGAGCUCUUCUGAUAAUUAGGUACCCAAGGAAAGAAAGGAAGUUCCAAGCAGAGAGGUUCGCAGGCACAGAAGAAGUUGUUAACAUGAGAGAGAGAACGGUACAAAUAAGGACAUCAGGAGGGAAUGGAACACAGUGUGCCAUGAGAGGGAUGGCUGGAGGAACUGUGAUGUACAGAACCUUGAAAGAGAGGAACUAGAUGAAGAAGAAUCCUCACAAAAUCCUGUUUUAAAGAGCUUUCCAGCCUAAUUUUGUAGGAAUAAGAGGGUUAUAUAAUCCAGAUCGGUUUCAGAAAAGCAGCCACAUUUCAGAUAUUUAUCUGGAUUAAUUCUAAACUCUGAACUAUAUGAGGUUUAUCCAGCACUACUGCCAGAGUGCCAUGUAUGGUGCUUAGGCAAUUUAGAUGCAUCUCAGAUAGAUACACCAAAAAAUGUGAGUGUGAUCAGAAUUUUUGGCCCUAUUCUAUCCCAUUAUGCACUGGAAGAUACCCCUGAUUCACACCAAUUUCAGAAUCAGUCCCUCUGCGUUCAUCAUGCUCUCAUAUCAAGAUGCUCUCAUUAGUUUGUUGUACAGUUAGAUAAUAAUCUUACUGUUCACUUAGGAAAUAUCUGAACAGGUGAAUAUCUAAUGUACCCCCCCAAAUGGUUGGACAACUUUAACAAACACAUGUGAAACAGAAUGACAACAAGGAAUAGUGCUCAUCAUGAUGAGCAGAAGUGAUACGCAUUCUCAGAGCUAUGACUGGUCUGGGAUCCUCGAUAAUGCCAGUAUUUGUGGGGAGAAAGGCACAAGGUGGGGUGCUUUGUCCUUCCUGCAUGUUAUAAUCCAUAUUAUAAUGUAACUUCUAAUACAUUUAGAGAGAUACAUAUAGGUUAUAAGACGUGCUAGUUGCAAGUUUUGGCUGCCGCCAGUACUGGCCUUAGGUUUGUGCUGGGCAUUUGAGAAGUGUGUUUGAUGUAAAAAAGGAAUAAUAAUCCCAGACUCUCCAAAUACUUGAUCAACAUGAAUGAAUUAAGCCAGUGGUUCUCAAAUUUUCCAGACUACCAUACCCCUUUCAGGAGUCUGAUUUCAGCCCUGGGGGGGCUUAGGCGUCAGCAUGUAUCUUAGCUUUGCAGGGUCCCUGCUUACCACCCACUGAUGCUGACCAUGCACUUGCAACCACACUAAAUCCAUCCCACAACCUCCCUGGGAAGUCGCCACCCCCAGGUUGAGAAACACUGAUAUUAUAGAGCAGUAUAAACAAGUCAUUGUAUGAAAUUUCAGUUUGUACUGACUUCACUAGUCCUUUUUAUGUAGCCCGUUGCAAAAUGAGGCAAAUAUCUAGAUGAGUUGAUGUACCCCCUGGAAGACCUCUGUGUACCCCAGAGGUACAUGUACUCCUGCUUGAAAACCACUGAAUUAAGCUUCUUGACAUCCAUGUGAGUCAGGGAAGUGUUAUCCUCAUUUUAUGGCUAGGGAAAGUGAGGCAUAGAGAGAGGUUAAUUCAGUCUAGAGUCAUAUCUCCCGUGUCAUAGUCUAACUACUACAUGACACCAUGCUUCUACAAUAUAACAGCCAAAAGAGUUUUAUAGUUUAUUAAAACUUCCAUGUGACUUGUUUCAGAUUUUGAAGGGGUAUGCUGUGGAAGUAUAAAGCUAAUUAUAGAGGCCAUAUUCAGAGAAUCUUCUGCUAUGUUGGUGCUGAGAGUCCGAGGGAUGGUGCUGCUGAGCAGUCCAAGGGAUGGGGCCACGGCAGCACUUUAACGUUGCUAGUGAAGACAUAUCCUAAGCCCUGGUCUACACUAGGAUUUUAGGUCGAAUUUAGCAGUGUUAAAUCGAUGUAAACCUGCACCUGUCCACACGAUGAAGCCCUUUAUUUUGACUUAAAGGGCUCUUAAAAUCGAUUUCCUUACUCCACCCCUGACAAGUGGAUUAGCGCUUAAAUCGGCCUUGCCGGGUAGAAUUUGGGGUACUGUGGACACAAUACGACGGUAUUGGCCUCCGGGAGCUAUCCCAGAGUGCUCCAUUGUGACCGUUCUGGACAGCACUCUCAACUCAGAUGCACUGGCCAGGUAGACAGGAAAAGAACCGCGAACUUUUGAAUCUCAUUUCCUGUUUGCCCAGCGUGGAAAGCUGCAGGUGACCAUGCAGAGCUCAUCAGCAGAGGUGACCAUGAUGGAGUCCCAGAAUCGCAAAAGAGCUCCAGCAUGGACUGAAUGGGAGGUACGGGAUCUGAUCGCUGUAUGGGGAAGGGAAACCAUGCUAUCAGAACUCUGUUCCAGUUUUCGAAAUGCCAAAACCUUUGUCAAAAUCUCCCAGGGCAUGAAGGACAGAGGCCAUAACAGGGACCCGAAGCAGUGCCGCAUGAAACUUAAGGAGCUGAGGCAAGCCUACCAGAAAACCAGAGAGGCAAACGGCUGCUCCGGGUCAGAGUCCCAAACAUGCCGCUUCUAUGAUGAGCUGCAUGCCAUUUUAGGGGGUUCAGCCACCACUACCCCAGCUGUGUUGUUUGACUCCUUCAAUGGAGAUGGAGGCAACACGGAAGCAGGUUUUGGGGACGAAGAAGAUGAUGAUGAUGAUGAGGUUAUAGAUAGCUCACAGCAAGCAAGCGGAGAAAUCAGUUUUCCCGACAGCCAGGAACUGUUUCUCACUCUGGACCUGGAGCCAGUACCCCCCGAACCCACCCAAGGCUGCCUCCUGGACCCAGCAGGCAGAGAAGGGACCUCCGCUGCAUGUGUUUCAAUGAUCACAGGAUUUUCUCCUUCCCAGAGGCUAGUGAAGCUUAGAAAGAAAAAAAAACGCACUCGCGAUGAAAUGUUCUCUGAGCUCAUGCUGUCCUCCCACACUGACAGAGCACAGACGAAUGCGUGGAGGCAAAUAAUGUCAGAGUGCAGAAAAGCACAAAAUGACCGGGAGGAGAGGUGGCGGGCUGAAGAGAGUAAGUGGGGGGCUGAAGACAGGGCUGAAGCUCAAAUGUGGCGGCAGUGUGAUGAGAGGAGGCUUGAUUCAAUGCUGAGGCUGCUGGAGGAUCAAACCAGUAUGCUCCAGCGUAUGGUUGAGCUGCAGGAAAGGCAGCAGGAGCACAGACCGCCCCAAGUUCCAUAGCCUCCACACCCAGACGCCCAAGAACGCGGUGGGGGGCCUCCGGCCAACCAGCCACUCCACCACAGAGGAUUGCCCAAAAAACAGAAGGCGGGCAUUCAAUAAAUUUUAAAGUUGUAAACUUUUAAAGUAUUGUGUGGCAUUUUCCUUUCCUCCUCCACCACUCCUCCUGGGCUACCUUGUUACUCAUCCCCCUAUUUGUGUGAUGAAUGAAUGAAGAAUGCAUGAAUGUGAAGCAACAAUGACUUUAUUGCCUCUGCAAGCGGUGAUCGAAGGGAGGAGAGGAGGGUGGUUAGCUUACAGGGAAGUAGAGUGAACCAAGGGGCGGGGGGUUUCAUCAAGGAGAAACAAACAGAACUUUCACACCGUAGCCUGGCCAGUCAUGAAACUGGUUUUCAAAGCUUCUCUGAUGCGUACCGCACCCUCCUGUGCUCUUCUAACCACCCUGGUGUCUGGCUGCGCGUAACCAGCAGCCAGGCGAUUUGCCUCAACCUCCCACCCUGCCAUAAACGUCUCCC